AUGAAUCAAGAAGAAUUACAAAAAGGCAAAGGGUCAAUUAGUUUAAUAUUAGCACCAACAAGAGAAUUGGCCAGCCAGAUAUACAUUGAAGCCAAAAAAUUUGCCAAGAUUUAUGAUGGCAUUGAAGCACUGUCAAGCAAUUUGAACCAAGUUGGUCAUGAAUAUGGAGCAUUGCAUGGUAACAUAAUGCAGGUCGAUCAUGACAAAGUGUUGAAAGAUUUUAAAAAUAAUAAAUUUUCUAUCAUGGUUGCGACUGAUGUAGCUGCAAGAGAACUUAAUAUAAAGGCUGUUAAGACCAUCAUCAAUUAUGAUAUCACACGUAACAUAGAUUUACAUGUACAUCAGAUUGGAGCAGGAGAGAAAGGUACAGCUUAUACACUUAUCAUCCAAAAAGAAGAUAAAUUUGCAGUAGAUCUAGUGAGAAAUUUAGAAGCAUCUAGUCAACAGGUCCUAGACAAUUUGAUGAACUUAGUGAUGCAGAAUUCAAGAUUUAGGAAAUCACGAAGCAUGAUACAUAGAGGUCGUGGUAAAGGUUGUAGUAGAUCAAUUGGAUCUAAUUCGAAUGCAAUAUCACUUAAAGGAAGAGCAGGCAUUGGAAGUGCAAAUAGCAUGGAAACUGAAAUUAUGCUCUAUCAUAAACUUCAACCUUAUAUAUUUAAUAUACAAACAGUAGCAGGCAUAGCAAUAAGUAUUGAUUUUCAUUUAUCAUCAAACAAUAAGCUUCAUCUUAUCUCAGUAUACCUUUCAUCAAACUAUCUAGAACAACUUAAAACUAUACAAAAUACAGUUAACAAUUGA